AUACAUGUGCGCGCAGUGUGGGACCGAUAGUCCCUCCAAUAAUCUCUCCGUCUGGUAACCUCUCCGCCCGACUAAAUAUACUGCUUAUGCGACAGGCGCAGCCUGUGACAAUACCCCCCUCCUAAGAAUCUUGCUCCUCUCUCAUAUGGUUCUGGUUUUCAUGAUGCUGUUCCCAUUCAUCAAGUGCAGUGGUAUUUUCCAUGUUGUGCACUGCAGUCCAUUCAGGGUGUUAGUAACCAAGUCCAUUUUACUAGGUACUGUCAUUGGAAUCCUUGUCCGCGGCGGAUCUGGUGGUAGUCUAGUAUGCAUUCCACUUGGUAUUCUUCUUCGCUGUCAACGAGCAUGGCUGGGGGUUGAUAGUCAUCAUUGCACUGUCUGGGGAAGGGGUC